GAUGAGAUUAUGAGUUAUGAUUGUAUGGAUUAUCUGAUUAGCGAUGAACUCGAGUCGAAGUGUGAGAUUAAUGAGAGUACACCGAUCGUAGCAAUGGAUCCACUCAUUGAUAAUGUGAUCACAGAAUUGGAUGCUUUGAUUGAAUUUCACAUUCAUUUGAAAGAAAUUAAUGUCAAAAAACGGAGACAACUGGCGGCCAAAAGGUGUGAAUUCAUCGCAGGUUUUAGAUGUGAAAUCAAGAUUUGUGUCGAACAGCGAGAUCUCUACCGUUUGAAUGAAUGCCUUUCCGGAGCCCAGAGAAGAUGGGGUCGUCUUCAGCCGUCAAAUAAGAUAUUAUUAGCCGUUGAGGACAAUAAGAGGCGUGAGAUAGUAACCGUGAGAACUGAGUAUUGCAUUCACAAUAUAAUGAUCACAUGUAUAUGUCGGGGGAGGGGUCGGACAGGUUAA